UAGCUUUAUUUCCCCACCACGUAAACUCACGCAAUAUCUUGGCACAGGGAUAUUAAGCUGUUUGCUUCGUUUGUUCCGCCCCGACAGCUCUCUCUAGAGCAAGCAAUUAAGAUCCGUUCACACCUCUCCCGACGAAAACCCUUCUCAAUUGAACUACUACCCCCCCACCCACCACGAUGGCCGCCAGCGAUCCGAGAGCGCGCAUCAUGUCGCACAUGAACAAGGAGCACGACGCCGAUCUGAGCCGGUACCUGCAGGCCUUCAACGGGCUCUCGGCGUCCGCCGCGUCCUCGGCCAAGCUGACGGACCUCGCCUUCGACACUCUGACCAUCCAGUCGCGCUCGGGCGUGCACUCGGUGCGCAUCACGCCGCCCAUGAAGUCCUUCGCAGACGCCCGCGUCCGCCUCGUCGACAUGGCCGAGCGCGCUCAGGCCAAGCUCGGGCUCAGCGACAUCCGCAUCGAUCGCUUCGAGGGACCACGGGGCGCGGGGCUGGUGUCGUUCGUCGGGGUCGGCUUCUACUUCGUCAGCGCGGCUGCGCUGGCGCUGGGGUUCCUGCGCCCGGGCACGACGGCGUGGGCGGCGCUGGACGGAUAUUUCCCAUACCAGGGCGCCGAGGGCUUCGUGUGGUUGGUGAGGAUGAUUUUCGUGCCGAUGAUCGCCAUACAUCUUACCGAGGCAUGGUGGAUGGCGCAGAGCCGGCUUAAGAAGUUCAACGUCGAGACGGGCAGCGCAGUGUGGUUCGCAUGGGUGGUGGAGACGUUCUUGGAGGGGUUUCCGUCCUUUCAGCGUUUCGACGCCAUGGUGCGGGAGGAGAGGAGGAAGAAGGAUGCUGCGAAGCACUAGAUCUGACGUCUUGGGCUGCGGUGUGACUUUUUUGGUGAGACCUGCGCUAGACUUGUGUCUCAUCGCCUUGGGAUGCAUGGGGACUGGUCUGGGGUUACGACUGCAUGUGCAUGUAGAUUCUUGAUAAACCGGACCCAUAGAAGGCUGAUAACGACGGAAUGAUUCAUGAUAAUGGGCGCAAUACUUUGCCUGCUACAACUACCUCUCUGUAGCCAAUAUAUUGUAUCCACGACCAUCAUUUGUACUUCAUUUUGAGAUUCAUCAUGACAUUCAACAUUAGGUAAUCUUUCUG